GAGCUAAAAAGGUGACUUAACUCGUUGAAGUUAAGCGCCAAGGCAACUAGAUGUUCAUGAAUCUUCACUGUUGCAGAAGCUUCAGCAUUAAGCCAGCUGAAUUAGCUUAAGAUUUAUCAGUCUGUCAUUUAAAAAAUUCACUAAAUAAUCAGUAGCCGAAUUUCCAAUUCUUCUUCUCCAUCCUUCCCAAUUUAUCUUAUGCUUCAUUUCCUCACUAAACCACCAUUUUCAGUAUAACAUUCAACACUGUGAUACCUUGUGUUUAUGGAUCUCAAUGACUUUCAUAAUAAUUAUGGAGCUUCUAAUAAUACUAGCGGAGCUUGUUUUUAUAUGGCUUCUAAGGAACAUUUAUCUAUAACAGCUGAAACUCCCUCGUAUUCCACUUCUACUAACCGAAAUUUCAUUCUCAUGGACUUUCUUGGUGUUGGCUCUAAUAACCCACCUCUUCGACCACUUCCUCUUACUUUUUGCUCUUCAUUUACUGCACCUACAAAUUUUCUCACUCUAGAUUUCGGAGGGACGGAUCCUCAGGUUCACCGAAUCCCUUCUAAUAUUCGGCCUUCUAUUGCCCCUAUUGUGCCACCCCCUCCCGUUUGUGAACACCCAACUGGAGAUUUCUCAUCAUCUUCUCGAACUAAUAAGAGGCGCAGGAGGUUCGACGGAACCCGUGCAGAGUACCGUUAUCAACGAAAGCUGAGGAACCGAGGAUCGGCUGAGAGAUCUCGCCUGAGACGUAAUGCAUACGAUAUCGAAUUGAAGGUAAAAAUUGCAGUGCUAAAGGAAGAAUAUGUAGAGCUAAAGCGAAAGGAAGAGGAGCUCCGCUUGGCUCAUCAAGAAGCCCGUCCAUUUAAACGCUCCUUGAGUGCUCCUGUGUAAGAAUAUUAUCAGUAUCAUUCGUCUGUCACUCUAUUAUGCCUUUGUGUUUAUGUUAUGAAGUUUUUAUCUGUUUUUUUUUAAUGCUUUUGUGCGAGAGGUUCCAUAGAAACCUCAGAUUACUGCUUUCUGGCUGCCUUCGUUUUACCUCAGCGAAACGAAGGGAACUAUGGAAGUCCUUCUGGGGCUAAAGGCUGUUGUAAGAGGUUAAGCGUCUGUCAACUAGCAGUUUCUUUUUUGUCUCUUUCGGUAAAUCAAGAACUUUAAUGUUCCUCUAUGUUCUGAAUUUUAAAACUUGGAAUAUUACGUGUGCCAUGUUAUUGGUGUAAA